GGCUCCGGGGCUGAGCCCCCGCCGGUAACGGGAGCGGGGGGGCCGUGUCCCCCCCGCCGGCCGGGUCCUGCUCCAGGGGGUGACAGCGCGGAGCUCGAGCCCGAGCGGGAGCCGCCGCCGCCGCCGCAGCAGCAGCAGCAGCAGCUGCGCCCGCCGGGGUCAUUCCGGGGGACAUUCCAGGCGCUGCCGACGCCUCCUUCCCGCCGCUAUUAAUACCGGGCCGGGGGCGGCGCCGAGCCCAGGCGAACGGGACCUAGCCGGAGCCCGAGCCCGGGCCGGCCGGCGGGAGCCAUGGGGCUGCUCCCGGGGAUGCUGCUGUGGAUCGCCCUGGUGUCGUCAGUCUGGGGGGGCUGCGUGGAGGUGGACUCAGAAACAGAGGCUGUCUAUGGAAUGACCUUCAAGAUUUUAUGCAUCUCAUGCAAGCGUCGGAGUGAAACCGUGGCCGAGACCUUCACUGAGUGGACUUUCCGUCAAAAAGGGACUGAAGAAUUUGUCAAGAUCCUGCGCUAUGAAAAUGAGAUGCUGCAGUUAGAGGAAGAUGAGCGGUUUGAGGGGCGCGUGGUGUGGAAUGGGAGUCGAGGGAGCAAGGACCUUCAGGACCUGUCCAUCUUCAUCACCAAUGUCACCUACAACCAUUCGGGUGACUACGAGUGCCAUGUCUACCGCCUUCUCUUCUUCGAGAACUAUGAGUUUAACACCAGCGUCGUCAAGAAGAUCCACCUUGAGGUGGUGGAAAAAGCCAACAGGGACAUGGCCUCCAUCGUGUCUGAGAUCAUGAUGUACGUGCUCAUCGUAGUGCUGACCAUUUGGCUCGUGGCUGAGAUGGUUUACUGCUAUAAGAAGAUUGCUGCUGCCACGGAAGCGGCUGCCCAGGAGAAUGCCUCAGAGUACCUGGCCAUCACUUCGGAGAGCAAGGAGAACUGUACGGGGGUCCAGGUGGCCGAAUAGCCCAGGCCUUCCAGGCUCCUUGGCUCUGCUUCGAGAGAGGGCUGUCCCUGAUCGCUGGGUUGGGAGGGGGUGGGUGUCUCCCCCUCCUGGGGGCCUAGAAAGCUCCUUGGCGUCCAUGCAAGUCAGAGUCAUGCCAAAGGAGUGGGAGCAGGGCGAGGUGGGGGCAGGGGCUUGCCUGUGAACUUGUCUAAUACUGUAAUGAGGGGUCAAGGGGGCAUCUGCACUCCCCUGGCCCCGUGCCUCCCUCCCAUCACCUCCUCUUCCUCUCCCCAAGGUAUAUGACACCGGGGGUGGGGGCCCUCCUGACUCACCAAAAUGCAUGAUGAAAAAGCAAUACGGCCACCACUCCCACCUCGCUUUUGCUGCCUGGUCUUUGGGGGGGAGGGGAGGAACAGCGCCCACGUCCUCCUUCCCUUCUCCUCAUGCUCAUUUGCACAUGUCUGCUGCUUUGGCCGAGCACCUCACUUUGCCACAUCUGAGGAUGCAGGGGCCACCUGGGUCCCUUCCCCUGACCCCAUGCCUGCCUCCCCAUGCCAAUGACCACACACAAAUCCCAGGGAUGGAGAGGACCAGGGGGGACAGGAAGCCUGGACCUCGGGAUCCCAGGCCUCAGGACAGCCCCCCGCGUUCCUGCUCUCUUCUCAGCGACCCCCUUGACCUAGUGUGUGGUGGGCCGAAGGGGUUAUGGACUCUCCUACACUAGCUGCACCUUCACCCCUUCCAGCCUCGGCCCCUCCUCCCUUCCCCCUUCUCACCAGCCUCACACGGGUGGGCACUUAGGAUGGGGAGCACUCUGCCUUCCUAGUUACUGUACAGUUGUAGUUUUGUUCAUGAAAUAAAAGCCACUUGGACUUGA